CCGAGCCUGGGAGCAAUGUGUGACGAAAUUUUGACAGAUUACAUUGUCAUAAGUUAAAAAUAAAUAUAUUAUUGAUAUUCAAAGAAUGAUUGCUAAAAUGUGUAAAUAAGUGAUAUUCAAGUGUAAGGUACGUUGCUGCAUGGAUAACCAGGACGUGUAUCGCAAAAAAUUCCAUAACUACCGAUGCCUUGAAUUGACCCUUGUGUCAAAUGAUUCAGGCAAGGUUAAUAAUUUUGAAGUCAAAGUUCUUCAAAAUAUCGCAUUUUGCUUGGUCUAAUUACUCGUACUAACUGUUUGCUAUCAAUUUUAUGCUGAGAAUUGAAUGUGAACUUUUCAUUUGGUGCCAAACAACAAAAUAAGUCAUGUGGUUCAGACUUUGUGAUAAGACUGAUUAUGGCAUCCUGUGUCUUCUGCAUUGUCUGCAUGUUUUUAUUAUUUUGAACAUUUUAUACCCGCAUGUGUAGUGUAGCGUUUCGUUGUUCGAUAUAGAAUAAAUCUUCAUUUACAAUUAUCAAAAUGCAGUCUUGUGUUGGUGUCGAUACCUCGAGUAUGGGCUCUGUAUGGAAAAGACUGCAGCGGGUGAACAAGAAGGCUGCCAAAUUUCACUUCACCGUAUCUUAUCAUCAGCUGUCUGUUGAUUUCACAUCAAAAUGCAUAAUCGAAGAUGUUCCAACAACAGGAAAAAGAAGACAACUUGCCAUUGCUCACGUCAACAUGAGGAAAUAUGCCAGUGUCGAAUCGACACAUACAGAACUUCAGAUAAAUUUCAAACCCAUCACAAAGAAAGUUACUAACGCAAAAUUGGAUUGUACUUUGUCGUGCGUCCUCCUCAAAGAAGGGAACGCAACGGACGAAGACAUGCAGUCCAUGGCCUCUUUGAUGUCUGUGAAUAAUAACACCGAUGAUAUAGCUGCGCUAGAAGACGUAGAAGAUGAUGAUUGUUCGUUAAGUGACACAGCUAUGAAAAAUAGUAUACACGAAGUGACCCAAAAUCUUCAACUAAUGACUAAUAGCCUGUCCGGCUCUGAUUUUGCCAGUACUCCAAUCAGUGUGGCCAGCAUUCUCUCUGAUGAUAAAACCCCCACCGCGGAAACUUUUUCUCCCACAAAAGAUAUCGCAAAACAAACGAAACUACCUUCUGUGCCUCCGCCGAAAGAAACCGACUUCGUAUCUGACGACAAUGAUAUCUACUCCGAAAAAUGUUCGGAGGCAUUGGAUAACUUGGAUAGCUCCAUUACCGAAGAAGGAGAUGGCGACUUUAAUAAAGUAACUCCUCUCAGCUUCACCAAAAAAGAUAAAAUCGAAAAUGAUACAAGGAAUACUGUGAAUUUGAAACUGGAACCCCUCGAACAGAAGGAGCAAAUUGAAAUUCCUAAUCCGCAGCAAGAGCUUUCGACGCCGGGACAAGAUUUGUUGGAAUGGUGCAAGGACAUGACGAAAUCAUAUCCCGGAGUGAAGGUAACUAACUUGACUACGAGCUGGAGGAAUGGUAUGGCUUUCUGUGCUCUGAUUCAUCAUUUCGAACCUGAUCUCAUAGACUUUGAUUCCUUAUCGCCACACGACGUUAAAGGAAAUUGUAAGAAGGCAUUUGAUGCCGGAGACAAACUUGGCAUUCCAAAGGUGAUAGAACCUUCUGAUAUGCAUAUGCUAGCAGUUCCUGACAAGCUAGCAGUAAUAACGUACCUCCAUCAGCUCAGAGCCCGCUUCACAGGCCACCAAUUGGAAGUGCAGCAAAUCGGUAAAACGGUCGAAGAAAGCAAUUAUGUUAUAGGAAAAUUCAACACCGAUAAAGACACGGAUAUCACUAAACAAGUUUUCGGUCAGGAAAUCAUCAACUUGCGGAAAGCCAAGCAGAACAAGAAGCAGGACAAUCAGAAAGAUUUGGAGAUGAAUUUGGUGAAUAACCAUAAGGGUGACGCUUCGAAACUCAGGCUGCCGUUGAAGAUAUUGAACGAACCUGAGCCGGUGAAGGAAAAGGAAAAGUCACCCACAAUCGUGAAGGAUGUGAAGGACAUCAUCCUCAACAGUUCGAAAAGUAUAAUGAGUAAGCAAAUACUCAUGAGACAUUCGGAACAGAGAGAAAGAGCCAGAGUGUUAUUGGAACAGACAAGAAAAGAUAGUUCCAACCCAACUUCUCCUUCGAAGUCAGAAGAAGAAAGGCAAGCUCUUCUUCGUGAAAGAGCAAGGAAGAUGCUUGCUGACGCGCGUAGAGGCUCAGGAACUAACACAGAGAUUAUCAGGGUUAGUCCAGAAUCGGUGAAGGCUUACAUGGAAGCCGAGGAUAAGCUGAGGUUUUUAGAUAAUGAGAUCCAAAACAUGGAACGGCAAAACAUUUUAGAUUCUGAGAAGAACGGAAACGUGUACUCGAAUAACUUGCAGAUUGUUGAAGAGCUCUCUGUUAAAUCUAGUCCCCAUGAAAAUAAUAGAGAAAAAAUUACUCCCGAUAGACUACCGGAAGAUUUAGGGUUGCGAGAGAUGGGAAUAGAUGUCCAGGACGUACACUCGUGGAUAGACAAAGAAAACGAGGACCUUGAGAGGGAGCAGCGUGCGAUAGACGAACAAGCAGCCAUUCUUGAGAAGCAACUCAGAGCCGUGAUGGAAUCGAGGAAUAGUAAUGGAGAAGAAGAAGAAGCUCUUAUGACNAUUUAUUUGCACAAUUGUAUGUUCCUCAAGAAGUUGAAAGGAAUCAUAAACUUGUAA